AUGAGCAACUCUCUGGAGUCGGCUUUGGUGACGGCACACCCACAUUUGCACCCGGAUAACGCAAACCUGCCAACGACAAAUCAAGCGGCUACUAUCCUGGGUGUUACCAUCAGCUUCUUGUUCGUUGCCUUUAUCACAUUAUGUCUACGUCUAUGGGUACGAUUUCGAGACCGUCUCUGGGGAUGGGAUGAUGCCUUUGUACUAUUGGCAUGUCUGACAAGCAUUGCGGGCGAUUCCAUGGUCUGCUUGAUGCCAGCAGAUGGUUUAGGUUUACACCUUUGGACGCUCGAUGAGGGACAUCGCGCUGCGUAUUUUAGGCAUGUGUACACUACGAAUAUUGCAUACUGUGCCAGCUCCGCACUCAUCAAACUAUCCAUCAUGUUCCAGUUUCUACGCCUAUUUGCCGAGUCUUGCCCCUCGCAUCGCAGUUGUCAAUAUCGCAUUGCAUGUCGUCUGACCUGGCUUCUAAUCAUCAUCACCACGAUAUGGGGCAUCGUCUUCUUUUUCAUCGCCAUCUUCCCUUGCAGACCGAUAGAGAAAAAUUGGUAUCCGUCAAUGGAAGGACAAUGUUUUGGAUGGGGUUCCAAGGACCCGGAUACCUUUUUCCCCAUGUUCCUCGGGCAUUCUGUUAGCAACUCGGUACUGGACAUUGCGGUCUUGGCUUUGCCUGCCCCGUUCUUGGGCAUGCUGAGACUGGCAGGAAAAGGCAGAGCAGGAUUAAUAACGCUGUACACCCUCGGAUGCAUUGUUGGUGCAGCCGCCAUCGGCCGCAUGAUAGCCUUGUCUAUCAAUCGCGCUGGCACCAUCCCAAUCUUCGACAUGACCUACUACAUCCCACUCGUCUACAUCUUCGCCGUCCUCGAAGUCAACAUCGCCAUCAUGGCGGCCUCGAUACCCAUAUUCUGGCCCGUCAUGGCCAAUCUCGCUUCCGGCAAGAUCUUCGUCGUCAACGAAGUCGAAAUCCACGUCGAAUCCGCUUCCCGAGGCAGCUUCGGCUCCGGCCGCGCCAUCGACAUUAAUGAGUCCAAAGAUGCCUACAGCGGCCGCCAAAGCCGCAUCAGCAUCACCGCCAAGACAUACAACGACCGUCGCCGCUCCCGCUCCAGUCAUCGCCACAAGCAGAGUGAUGGCUCCUCGGUCAAUAAGAACCUCGGCCACCGGCCCAGCCAGGACUCGAAUCGCAGCCUAUUUCACAAGGUCCACCUCGAGCCCAAGACGCUAAGUGGGAUCCUGCCUUCAGAAGAGGAGAAUUGGUUUGCGGACCUGGAUCGUAUGCAUCCGGGCAAAACGACGACGACGGUACAGAGGACAGAUAUCCCGCUGGAGCAGAUCAAGGCGUUUGAAGAUCGGUGA